CCUAGAGACAAACUCACACCCCAUGUCCCUAUUCCCAUACAUUAUUGGGAGGUUGAUUGAAAAGACAUCUUUCAUCCACCUUCUUGCACUCAUUCGCCCAGCCAUAGAGGGGAAGAUCUCAAGGAUAAGCUCUCACAAAAAUCAGUAUUGGAGGAAUGAAGAAGGAAGGGAAGCUUAAGGGAAAAAUAGGUAGACGAAAGGAGUCGAAACCGCCGGAAAACCGCCAUUGUUGGGGACUGUUUUUGAGCUGCAGGCCCGAAAGCCGCCCACCUUUUACAAAAGCCGCCCGGCUUUUAGCUGCUGUCAAGAUUUUUCGUUUUCAAUCGGGCCUAGAACGGGCAUUGAUCGAAGGGCUUAGCAAGGCAACUAUUGUAGCACAUCACAAGUUUCAGGUAGAAGUUGAAGCUUGCUACCGGUGCCCGUUGCUUCGGGGAUAUCUAGGAGAGAAGAUGUGAUUCGUGCUUCCUCCGUUUCUGUUUUGAAAACAAUUAUAUAAAUGCUCAUGGAUAUUAUUUUCUAAAUAAUUAGUUGGGGGCUUGUAUGCCUAAUGAUGCUAAGUGUGGCUUGAACACUUGUAUUAAUGUUUCCGCUGCUUUAAAUGAAUAUUUUACAUUAUGUUUGUUUAUGGAUGUACUACGUGUGAAUGAUAUUCAAGUGUAUAGUAUAGAUGAGUUGGAC